CUCCUCGCCUCCGGCAAAGCCCCCAAAGGUGGACUCCGGCUCUCCACGGUUGCGCGUCGGAGGUGGCGCGCCUUUGCGCCGAGCGGGGCCCAUUGAUUGCCCGGGCUUGGGGGGAGUGGCCGCGGGUGGGCGACGACGAGAGCGCCUCCCCGGCUCGGCUGGCCACUUGGCACGUCGGAGGUGCAGCCGGCAGCCUUCCUGCGCCGCGUGAGCUGCAUCUGCGCGCCAGCUUGCGAGCUGCUGCUGCUGCCGCCGCCGGCGCUUCCUUGGCACUCGCGUUUCCCUCGACGAGGGGCUCGUCCCGAAGCAGCAGCAGCCAGCCAGCCAGCCAGCCGCCGCCGCCAAGCGCAGGUCUGGCGCCCCCUGCACUCGGAGGCGAUCUCCGCUCUGCUUGCAAGAAGUCGUUGGCUUUCCUUUUUUACCGGCGAUCUGCAUAUAUCUCUAUUAUACAUGCACACACAUGCAAGCAAGCGGGAGCGUGCGUCGAGGGCGAGGGAAGAAUUUGCAGAAAGACGCCGAAAUUAUCCUCCCACAUUGCCUUGGACCACCCUGACCCAAUCGACAUGAGAGGGUUUCUUGCCUGAAGAGUACUCUUUGCCCGUAACAACAGCUGCACCAUGGGCCUUGAGAAUGAUUUGCCCAACACCACAGCCUUCUGGUUCCCCUCGCCAUCUCAGUUUGACAGCUUCCCCCCAGAGACUCCUGCCGCCAACACCUCCAUCAACAUCACAAGCCCCCACUAUGACUUGACUAGCAAUGCCAUCCUCACCUUCAUCUACUUUGUGGUGUGCAUUGUGGGCCUCUGCGGCAACACUCUGGUCAUCUAUGUCAUCCUCCGUUACGCCAAAAUGAAGACGAUCACCAACAUCUACAUACUCAACUUGGCUAUAGCAGAUGAACUGUUCAUGUUGGGGUUGCCUUUCCUGGCAAUGCAGGUAGCUCUGGUUCACUGGCCCUUUGGGAAAGCCAUCUGCCGGGUCGUCAUGACAGUAGACGGGAUCAAUCAGUUCACCAGCAUCUUCUGCCUCACAGUCAUGAGCAUUGAUAGGUACCUUGCUGUGGUCCAUCCUAUAAAAUCUGCCAAGUGGAGGAGGCCAAGAACAGCAAAGAUGGUAAAUGUAGCUGUCUGGGGCAUCUCCCUUCUGGUCAUACUACCCAUCAUGAUAUAUGCUGGAGUGAGCAAUAACCACGGGAGUAGUAGCUGUACCAUGAUCUGGCCAGAUGAGUCUGUUGCUUGGUAUGUUGGCUUCAUCAUCUAUACCUUCAUCUUGGGCUUCUUGGUGCCCCUCACCAUCAUCUGCCUUUGUUACCUGUUUAUCAUCAUCAAGGUCAAGUCUUCUGGCAUCAGGGUGGGCUCCUCCAAGAGGAAAAAGUCGGAGAAGAAGGUCACCAGGAUGGUCUCCAUUGUCGUUGCCGUCUUCAUCUUUUGCUGGCUUCCCUUCUAUAUCUUCAAUGUCUCGUCAGUCUCUGUUUUGAUUGAGCCAACACCUGUCCUCAAGGGCAUGUUUGAUUUUGUAGUGGUCCUCACCUACGCCAACAGCUGUGCCAACCCCAUCCUUUAUGCCUUCUUGUCCGACAACUUCAAGAAGAGCUUCCAAAAUGUCCUCUGCCUUAUGAAAGUCAGCGGCAUGGAUGAAGCCGACAGGAGUGACAGCAAGCAGGACAAGUCUAGGCUAAAUGAGGCCACAGAAACCCAGAGGACAUUGCUCAAUGGUGACCUUCAGACAAGCAUCUGAAAGAUCUCUGCCCACUCAUCUCCUCCCUGCUUCUUCACAGAAGCCCACAGCAAGUCAGCAUAACGGCCUUUGGUCCUUCUUUCAAGGGAAUGGUAAUGCAUGCGAAGGAUUGGUUCAGGGGACAGACUUGCUUCUUGGCCAACAGCAGGCUGGUUUUAAGGAUAUUAAUCGAAAGGAGAAGUAUAUUGUGGGAGCGAUCGACUAGAAAUAGUCAUAAAUGUGUACACACUUGUUCAUGCAUGUUUGAAUACAAGGGAUGAUGCAGCAUUGGUCGUACCCCUGUGCUAAAUCCAUUUGAAUUAAUUUGAACUUUUUUUAAAAAAAACAACAACCCUUCACGGGUCAGAUUUUCCACACAGGGUCUAGAAUUUCAAAAGCUCCAUCUCCAAUAUUUGAGUUAAAUUAUUAAAAGAAGAACUUGGCUGACACACAUAGACACUGGAAUAAGGAUGAAGGUGAUAAGUAUUCCACAAGUUCACAUACUGAAUUAUAUAUAUUUUUUAUCAAGCUAGCCUCUUUGCAGCCAUCACCACCCCUUCUAAAUGAUAGGUACUUUGAAAGUUUAGCUCUAUGUGCUUUUCAAGUAGGCAAAACAUUAAUCUCAUAUGUUUUAUAUAAAAUCAAAAACUCAUGAGAUAUUGGGAGGGAGGGAGGGUGUGGUGGUAAAUGAGUAAUUGAAUUAUAUUGCUCUUCUUGUUUAUGGAACAGCUAAUGAAAUGAGGUCUUCAGAGAUGGGAUCAGAAAACUUCAUAGCCUGAAUAAAUAAGUAUAAAGCAUGCUAAUAGGAUGACAGAGAGACUUGUCUCUAACUGUAACGAGAGCCCCUUUCCAUGACUUCAAAGAGAUGGCAAAUAUGUUGUCAUCCCUCCAUCCCUUUGCCUCCUACAUAAUGGUUUCCCCAAUGAACAAUCUUUGGCAGAUAGGAAUGAUGUUAUCAGAGUCUGAGAGCAGAUAUCCAGCAUCUGAGUCCAAAAGCCACAAUAUGUUAACUUUGCCACCCAAACGUCACAAAGUCAUCAACGAGCUUUUGAGUUCACCAGAACUCUUCAUCAGACUGGAUCUUGCUCACAGUUUUGUGACAUUUUGGCUGGUCCUAAUAGAGGUAUUAAUGUGUUGUGGAUUUUGGAUUCCCCUCCCCCCAAUGCAUCAACAUGGCUGUGUACAAUUUUUGUCAAAACCAGGAUCAGAGACGGGUGAGAAUGCAUACCUCGUUGGUCUUGCAUAAGUGAAAUAGCCAUCACAGAUCAAACAACAGAGGCAGGGCUUUAACAUAAUUUCUGCUUGCCACCUUUACUUUAACCAGUAAAAAAUAAAAUAAAAACUGGCCUGGACACUGAAAACAAAACAACAACUCUCCAAAACCAACCAAGCAACCAGCUCUGUUGCAACUUCAGGUCACUCAAGGAAGGAGCCUUUAUAAGUCCUCCCCGGCCCCUACAUACCAAGAAGGUGUCUUGAGUUUGCCACUGACAGAGGACUUUAAUGUACUAAGGACACCGUGGUUGGGAAAAGCCUGAGCAUGGCUUCCAUUUCAGAAUCUAUAACCUCGUGGAGAUUGCCCGAGAGCUUAACUUGCACUUGCUGAGAGAAGAAAGAACGAGCCUUUAAGCCUACUUAAAAACAGAGUGGUCACAUAUAAUAAAAGCUUGAGACGGGGGUGGGGGUGGAGAAAGAGAAGAGUCGGGCGAAUUGCUUUAGUAAGCAACCAGGAGCCAAUUUCAUCAUCCUGUUUUUCCCCCUCUCAUUGUCCCAUUUCCACAGUGCCCUGGCCUAUGAUGCCUCCUUUUGCUCCUCCAUUCAAAUGGAUGGAUCACCAUGAAUCCCACACCCCCACACAAUUUCGCCAAGGUUUACAUGCAGAGCAAAGUAUGCAAAUUGAGCCCACAUGUGCAUAAAUGUCCAAUUUCUAGAGUUUUUGUUCUCCUAGUUCAAGGUUUCCUGGCUGCAGAAGCUGACUUGUUUGAUGAAGAGUAGUUCUGGUUCUCCCGCUACCUGUCCUCAGCAGAAGAGUUUGUCUGCGGGGCUAUUUGCACUGUUGUCAGUAUGUUUUGGGGAGUUUUAAGUGUAGACUAUUAAGUUUUAUGACCUGGGAGGUUUAAAGAGCUCUGCCCAGGGAAGGGCAUUAUGACAGGGUUCCAGAUGGCAAGCGACUCCCACAACUUCUGUCUUGGGCUGUGAUUUUUACUAUUGAGCACAGGCAAGCAGAGCCACGACUAGAGGAGCCUGAUGAAGGAGUUGGCAGGAGCUGAGAAUUCCCUGCUUUACAGUAAAUUGUUUCAUUUAUCACAAAUCUCUGAUUGAUUAAAAAGAAACAGAAGGAAGAGCCCACACCAUCAGGCUAUUAGAACAACAGGAGGAGCAUUCUGGCUCUGCCACCCUAGCCUUGUUUUCAGUUCUCAUCGUCUUGAAACUUGUGGAAGGUGAACUUCUGCAAUGGAAAACCUUUUGCAUCAGCAGCGGUUGUUCCCGUUGCAUUUGAGACCCCUGGAAAAUCAGGGAUUCGAAAAUGCAUCAGCAGACACUAUGGAGAAAGGCAACCAAAAUGAAGCCGUCAACUCUAAAAUACAUUAUUGCAACAAUUUCUUAGUUGUUUACAGAGUGAUCCAAAUGCCUCUUGCACCAGGCUGAGAUGAGGCGGUUUGGAUUGGGCAGAGAUGGCUUUUUUUACACAGCCCUGCCACCCUCUGCCUGCAGAGUCAUGCCAGCACCAGUCUGCUGGCGCAGAGCUCUCCCUUUUGCCCGCUGAACUGCCACUGACGGGCACUCUACUGGUGGCAGCCAGCGGAAAGAUUUCAACCACUUUCAGCCUCAGCCAGCAUGCUUGCUUGGGCUGUUGAUGUGGCUCCGUCACUCCACUCCUCAAAGGCACCCUAGACAGCAGCUGGGGUUGAGAUUGAUGUUUCCAGCUCUUCAGCUGCAAUGCUGUUCAUACUUACUUGGAAAGUAGCCCCUCCUCCCACCAAACAGAGUGGUACUUACUUUUGAGUAAAUGUAAGUAGGCUCCUGCGUUAUGGAUCCUUCAAGUGAAGAAGCUUCUGCUCCUGUUCAUGCCUGCAUUUUAGGCUGCACAUUCCUGGGAGCAAACCCCAUUGAACUCAGUGGUACUUAUUCCUGAAUAGGCGUACACAGGAGGAAUUGCUCUGAAAGUGCCUCUGAAGCUCUCGCACUGUUAUUUGGGCACCUGUUGACUGUAGUUAAUGCAAACAGGGUAGACAGGAGAAGAGAGACAUUUAAAAUCAAAUGUGUACCCCAGCCAGUUUGCAUCAGCCGCAGGCACCGAUGUAAGCCUUGGUUUGGUAUUUAUUUUCACCCCCGAUAUGACAUAUGGGAAAGUUUUGACUUCCCAGGCGUGUAUUGUCUCUUAAAUAUAACAUGAGAAAUAAUAAAUAAUCAUAUCCCA